AUGAUUCGACAACCCAUCGCCGAAACUGAAUUCAGAGAAAAAGCGGAUACCCGCACCGGCGAACCUUGGUUGGCCACGAGGAAGUACAGGCAUCACGCGAGACAGUUGAAGCAGUCGGAACGGAGUCAAGUGGCGAAAGCUGCAUUUCCCUCGUGUCUUGUCGCCUCAAUAGCCCUGCCUUCCCGCGUAGGGGAGGGAAAUGGAGAAACCGGAAGAGGGAGAGGCCUAGUAAAGGGGGAAAAGGUGGUGCUUCACCGGGUCCUCUCUCCGGAAUCCAAUACGUCCCCCGAAUUCAUGAAUUAUCUCAACUCCUCAUCGAUCGGAAAAGAUAUUGCGAGAGAUACGGCCGUGUCUCCAAAACUUGGCAUGCGAACGCGAGAUAUGGAACUGAGGAGAUAG